UAUAAAAUGCAUUCGUUGCUACCUCAUAUAUACCGCUGCUACCUCCGAUUUCGGAGGUCGUAAGGUAUCCAAUAAAAUAAAAAAGGAUGGUACUAUAUCGGACAAUAGCUCUCACCGUCUAUGUUUUCUAGUGGAGGUCAGAACGAUCGGCGCUUAUCAAAACAUAUAAGCAAUUAGUUCAGAGGUUUGCCGCGAUAGGACCGGUCUUUCUACGUGGUUUUGUACACCGCAUGUUAAGACCUCCACUAUAUUUUUACAUUUAUUGUACGUAAAAGCACCAUUCUAUUGCCUCCUAUGUUUGGCAACAGUGUAAUUAAGUACUUUUCUCAGUCUCGUUGCGUUUAGUUCGGUGUUCUCGUCGAACAGUGGAUAUUUUAUUUAAUACAUGUGAUAGGCGCUGAAAUGUAUAGAAGGUAUUUUCCACAAUCAUACGUAAGUAUCUCUUUAUUUAAUUUUAUAGUUACCAAACUUAACCACAACCGUAACAAACCUUAACAAAGCUCGUCACACCGAUACCCACUUAAUCAAACCUUACUAAACCUAACUAAACCCAACCUAACCGAACCUUGUCCAACAUAACCGACUCUAAUCUCAUCAAGCCUAACCAAAUAUUGAAACCUAACUAGACCAGACCAAACCGAACCUUGCCAAUUCUAACCGAACCCAAUCUAAAUUUAACCUAACUUAGCAUUACCUGGCUAUAUAUUGAAUGAUGCAGUUAUUGCCUUACAGAUAGAGGCAGAUGUAGGGGUAGAUCCGUCGGAUCCUUCGUCAAGUUCAUACGAUGAUUUUAACGAUAAGGACUUUCAAAUUGACAGCGACGAAUUAACUUCAAGCGAGAGUGAAAGCGAUGAUGAAAAUGAAAAAGAUAUCGAUCAAAACAACGAAAGAAUAUUAAGAACGAACAGUUGUGACCAAGUUAAACUUGAAAUAGAACAAAAACCUCAAAUCAAUAUUUUGCAAAACGUUCAAAUCAGAGAGCCAGAAGAACCGCGAGGGAUUUCUUCUAAAGCUGGUUAUAUGAGAGAAGCAAAACUUUUGAAAACCCGUUUAGUAAGAUGUGUUUUUUGCGCAGAGGACAGUGUUUCUAAAAACUUUAUGCGUCAUUUGAUGAGACGACACGCUGGCGAAAAAGAGGUGAAGGCAAUUUUGUUGGAGCCUCUAAAGAGUAAAGCUAGGAAAAAGGCAGUAGAAGCAUUAAGAAAAGAAACUCAGUUCGAACAAUAUCUUGAUGGCGAUGGUAUUCCCGCACGCAGAAACUUUAACAAAAAUAUUGACACCGAAAACCAAAAAUCUCUUUAUUAUCCAUGCAUACAUUGCAAAGGUUUGUACAAAAAAUCUUACUUAAGUAGACAUUUAAAACUAUGUACCUCUAAAACAUGCAAAUCGGGUGCAUCGGGAGCCGUCUCAAAAUCACAAACAUUAACUGCAUGUAGUCUGGAUCCAACAAAUGUUGUAUCCCGUUUAGAAGUUAAGGAAAAGGUAUUUGACAUGAUGAGGGGUGAUGAUAUUGCGUUUGUUGCAAAAAAAGAUUUGUUAAUAACAUACUUCGGAAAUUCGUAUUUGAAAAAACACCGAAAGGAAAAAAGCAGCUAUACGUGCAGCAAUAAGAUGAGGGAGUUCGGGAGGUUAUUAAUAGAAUGCCGCAAACUUAUGAAUGAUCCAAAAAUCGAUAUGCAGCACUUACUCCGUCCCGUCCAUUUUGACACUAUUGUAACAGCAGCAAGAAAAUUAUCAGGCUACGAUCCCCUAAAAAAGGGCUUCGCUGCUCCUAGCUUAGCAAUGCACUUUGGAGGCAACUUGAAGUUGCUUUGUGAUGAACUGUAUUAUUUAAUUAUGAAAGAUACUACAGGAUUCAGAUCGAAGACGAACAGUGACAAAGCAGUCACUUUGAAGGCAGUUAAGAAUAUGAAGCAGCUAAUAGUUUCCAGAUGGAAUACUGAAAUGGCUUCUUUGGCAAAUAAGGAUUUACACGAAAAAUGUUGGAACAAGCCUUUGUUGAUUCCCUUGGUGUCGGAUAUCAAGCUUUUUAGGGAAAAAGCUUUCGAAAUAGCUAGAAACGCUGUUGCAGCCUUCAUAAAGGAAAUAGAUACAGAAAGUGACUAUAAAACGCUUGUCGAAUGCGUUCUAUCAUUACUCAUAAUUUUCAAUAGAAGAAGAAUAGGUGAUGUGCAGUAUAUGAAAAUAUCAGAUUACAACAAUGAGAAAAAAAGCAAAUUCAAUGAUUUUGAAGACGCACUUUCAGCAACAGAGAAAAUUUUGGCAACACGGUACCGAAGGGUCCUUAACAGCGGUAAAGGAUCUCGGGCAGUCGUAGUUCUGAUACCUCAAGACCUCGAUGAAUUCAUACAAGUGCUUUUAAGACACAGACAUAAGUAUAUUUGUGAAGAUAACGACUAUCUCUUUUCAAUACCAGGACAUAAAGUCAUAUGGGGCAAGGGAGACCUAGCAAUUCGAAACCUAACUAGAAAAAUUCCAUUAGAGAACCCUGUAGCUAUAACAAGUAAUCGUUUGAGAAAACAAAUUGCCACCGUCAUGCAGAUAUUAAGCCUGUCCAAAGAUGAUAUUAAACAGUUUUCCAACUUCAUGGGUCACACAGUUAAAACCCAUGAAGAAUUUUAUGAGCUUCCAGUUGAUGUCUAUCAGACAGCAAAGGUGUCAAAGCUUUUGUUGAUGAUUGAAAAUGGAGUGCCAAUAGAACAUAGAGGAAAAUCCUUAUCAGAGAUUGAGAUCGAUUGUAAAUAUGCCGAAGAAAACGAUAUGAAAUCUUUAGCAAAUCACCACGACGAUGGACUUGUAACUGAGGAAAUUGAGGAGAAUAACGAAAAAGAAGAUAGCGACCAAGAAACGGAAGAUGGAAAGGAGGUACCAGAAAUGAAUGAAAAGAAGAGGAAACGAAUGAAAUUUAUCCGGGGAAAGGAACAGCCGAAAUACAGAGAAAANUGUUGUUUGUAA